AUGGAAUGGAAGAGCCAAUUACGAUGCUCCUCCGGCGCAGCCUGCUCCACGCCGGGCCCCGCCGCCAGCACAGCGUGCGGAGUGCACGGCGCGCCGAGCCGAGGCUCCCGACAAGGAAGAGCGCGGCUGGCGACGAAGCGCUGGCACGGGGCUCCAUCUUCGCCAUUCAGCUUGUCCCGGUUCUUUGGUAACUUCCAUUUGUACGCGGAAUGUGAUAAUUGCAAGAUGCGGCGUAAUGAUUGGUGGAGAAGCAUCUACGUCCGUGAUAUUUUUCAGAAUUUUCAUUAAACGGAACGUAAUAUCGACUUAAUUGUAGGUAUUCAUGCUCCUCGUAAAAUUAGGGAAAAGUAGUACUUAUCUUGACAACUAAUGUUCUGUUUCUUCUAAUUUUCUUCGGAACAACAGUAUCAUGUUGAGAUAUCCACAAUUACUCAGAAGAAAGUCUUAAAAAUAAACAUACACAUAAACAUAAGCCUGGUUAACAAGUACGUGCAUGUACGUGUGUGGCAGUAGUGGCCUCUACUUUGCAAAAAUGGAAGUACUCUUAAAACCUUCCUUUUCUGAUAGGCAAGUCUCCAGUAAAUGCAAUUUAAAGAAACUGCGUUUUGUUGUACGUUUACCGGUUUAAUAAUUUAAAGUGAAAUAUAAGCCAAACAUCAACAAUACAAAAUGAAAAAUGGUGAAUAUUAGCUGAAGAAAGUUGAGAAUAAAAUGUAAAAGCAUAUUUAUAAUUUGAUGUACUGAAAACUCGCUCUUCAGCACGCUUUACAAUAAACAUG